UGAGGUUUUUAAGAAACACCACGGACACUUUUACCAACGCGUAAAGAUGAGAGUGCAUAUCCAGAAGGUUCCUCCGAUUCUGGAGCUUUUGAAAAAGAAGGCUGUGCUUCAGCACUGCAAGACCACAUCCUCGGUUUGCGUGCUGGACUCGAAGGAUGCUGCGGUGAGCGCGCCCUGUGCGCACAGCUUCGACUCCAUCCCUGGACCAACCAGCUGGCCGCUGUUUGGCAGCCUCAUCGAGCUCCUGCGCAAAGGAGGUUUAAAAAGGCAACAUGAGGCACUGAUUGACUACCAUAAGAAGUUUGGGAAGAUCUUCCGGAUGAAGCUGGGCUCGUUUGAGUCGGUGCACAUCGGCGCUCCGUGUUUAUUAGAGGCGCUUUACCGGAAAGAGAGCAACUAUCCUCAGCGACUGGAGAUCAAACCAUGGAAAGCUUACAGAGAUAUGCGCGACGAGGCUUACGGACUGCUCAUACUGGAGGGGAAAGACUGGCAGAGGGUCCGCAGCGCAUUCCAGCAGAAACUGAUGAAACCAACUGAAGUCAUGAAACUGGACGGGAAAAUAAACGAAGUUUCCGCCGAUUUGAUUAAGAGGAUUGGGAAAGCGCAUGUCAACGGCAAGAUCCACGAUUUGUAUUUCGAACUGAACAAGUGGUCCUUUGAAACUAUUUGCUAUGUGCUCUACGACAAACGUUUUGGGCUCCUGCAAGACAGGGUCAGCAAGGAGGCGAUGGAUUUUAUCACAGCGAUCAAGACGAUGAUGAGUACCUUUGGAAUGUUGAUGGUGACGCCAGUGGAGCUUCAUAAGAGCUUGAAUACGAAAACGUGGCAGGACCACACAGAGGCGUGGGACCGUAUUUUUAGCACAGCAAAACUGUACAUUGACAAGAAACUGAAGAGGCACUCGAAUGGGGAAGCAGAUGAUUUCCUGUGUGACAUCUACCACCAUAGUCACCUUACCAAGAAGGAGCUGUACGCCGCUACAACAGAACUCCAGAUCGGAGGAGUGGAGACAACUGCCAAUAGCAUGUUGUGGGCUAUUUUCAACCUCUCACGUAACCCCUGUGCCCAAGGAAAACUUUUGAAGGAGAUCCAAGCUGUGGUGCCUGCUGGGCAGACGCCAAGUGCCGAACACAUCAAGAAUAUGCCCUACCUCAAAGCCUGUCUGAAGGAGUCCAUGAGACUUUCACCAUCUGUACCAUUUACCAGCCGUACUCUAGACAAAGACACCGUGCUGGGCGAUUACACUCUACCCAAAGGCACUGUUCUGAUGAUCAACAGUCAUGCUCUUGGUUCAAACGAGGAGUAUUUCGAAAAUGGAAAGCACUUCAGACCAGAGCGCUGGCUUCAAGACAAAAACUCCAUCAACCCCUUUGCACACGUGCCCUUUGGGAUUGGAAAGCGGAUGUGCAUUGGCCGUCGCCUUGCCGAACUACAGAUCCAACUGGGUUUGUGCUGGAUCCUGCGAGAUUAUGAGAUUGUGGCCACAGACAAUGAGCCCGUAGACGCCUUGCAUUCAGGAACUCUGGUUCCCAGUCGAGAACUGCCAGUGGCUUUUAUCCCCCGAUGAGAGAUACCAUGUACCAACAUUAAUCUGAAAAACAGAUUACUCCAUAUCAAUGGAUCCACAACACCGUGAGGCCUUCAUGCUGCUAUAACUAACCUAAUUUAUCGGUUUCACACUUAUACCUCAAACUAUAUAUACUAUUAUACCCCAUAAAUAUAUAUUUUUUUACAAUACAAGUAGUAAAUGUGAUUCUACUAUUUAUUUAGUUCAUGAAAAUGACUAAAAUAUUAAAAUUAAAUAUUUAAGGUUUUCUGACUUUUUCCAUAAUUGCUGCUAACUUUAAAAUGAUAAUUUAGAUUUUCUACCCUAUUUAGCCUAGUACUGAUAUCGUUCCAUGUACAGUAUUAUGCAAAAUUAUGUUUAACUUUUUUGAAUACAAAGAAACUGUAGAAAUAUUGUACAUAAAUGCCAUAAUACACAUAUGUAACAUAUAUAUAUAUAUAUAUAUAUAUAUAUAUAUAUAUAUAUAUAUAUAUAUAUAUAUAUAUAUAUAUAGCAUAGCAAAAUAUAUGUGUAAUGUAUUGCCUGUAUGACUGUUAUUGCCUGAUAUGGUUAACUUAAACCACUUUUCUGUAUCAAUAAAAAGUGCUACAUUUA